AUGAAAAUUUUAUUAGCGUUGGGAUUACUUAUAACAGUUUGUCAAGCAGGUUUACUCUCAAACGUUGUAAACCAAGCUUUACAUGCGUUAAAACUGAAAGCAAAUGCAGCAAAAGCAACUUGUUUAUUGGAAUCAGGAGCACCACAAGAUAUUGUCACUGUUGUACGAGAUUUAUUACCAGUUACAACACGUGCAGGUUUAUGUUUUGAAGCUUGUUUAAUAGAACAAUACGAUGUGAUGGACGAAAAUAAUGUAAUCGAUGUUGAGAAAACUGUUCAAUAUAUGAUUCCUGUAAUUGGUAAUGAUCCUCAAGUAAUACAAGCUGCUACAGAAGUAGUUCAAACAUGUAGUGCAAAUUAUCAAAUGGAUAGAUGUGAAUUCGCUCAUAAUGUAAUUGCAUGCUUAUUGAGUUCUCCCGUAACAGCAGGAUUAAGCGUUUUAUUAUAA